AACUUCAUGUAGUCCGGUUGUGACUUGAAAUCAUCGAAUUACGGAGUCCUACAAAACCAUUGUAAACAAUCAACGUCCUUUUAGACCUGUUGCUGAAGCACGCAGAAUUCUCCUCGCUUUCUGUUGCUCUACAACGGCCAAGCACAUGAAGACCCGAAACAGUAGGAAAGUUUCACUCAAAUGGAUUAUCAUUCUCUGCAUCUUCAGCUUCGCUCUUGGCAUGCUCUUCACCAACAGAGUAUGGCCUUUUGAGUCCGACGGUCAGAUCAUGUCGAGACGGCGACAUGAUCAAGAAUUGCGAGAUGUUUCUGAGGACUGUUCAACAAAGAAGGAUAAGGAUAUUAUGGGAGAGUUUCACAAAGCCCAUGGAGCUAUUCAGUCUAUCAGAUCAUUGGACAAUUCAAUUGCUAAGCUUCGGAUCGAGUUACCUUCCACCAGUAGAUCCACUGAAACGGGGAUCCUGGAGAAUCGACCCACCACUAUCAAGACAUAUUCGGAUACCACUGCACCAAGGAAAAAAGCAUUUAUGAUUAUCGGGAUAAACACUGCUUUCAGUAGCAGAAAGAGACGUGAUUCAGUUAGAGAAACCUGGAUGCCUCGAGGUGAGAAGCUACUUCAACUAGAGCAAGAAAAGGGCAUUGUUGUCCGUUUCAUGAUUGGCCACAGCGCAACAUCCAACAGUAUUUUAGAUCGAGCAAUUGACUCAGAAGACGCUCAGCAUAAGGACUUUCUCAGGCUUGAACAUGUUGAAGGGUAUCAUGAGUUAUCUGCAAAGACAAAAAUAUUCUUCUCAACUGCAGUUGCCAAAUGGGAUGCCGACUUCUAUGUCAAAGUGGAUGAUGAUGUUCAUGUCAAUUUGGGAAUGCUAGCCACAACUCUUGCUCGCCACCGGACAAGGCCACGGGUUUAUAUAGGAUGUAUGAAAUCCGGACCAGUUCUCUCCCAAAAGAACGUCAAAUAUCAUGAACCUGAAUACUGGAAAUUUGGUGAGGAGGGAAAUAAGUACUUCCGACAUGCAACUGGGCAGAUAUAUGCUAUUUCAAAGGAUCUGGCUACAUAUAUCUCUGUUAACCAGCCCAUACUGCAUAAGUAUGCAAAUGAAGACGUUUCACUUGGUGCCUGGUUUAUUGGUCUCGAGGUUGAGCACAUUGAUGAUCGUAACAUGUGUUGUGGAACUCCACCUGAUUGCGAGUGGAAGGCACAAGCAGGUAAUGUUUGCAUAGCAUCGUUUGAUUGGAGCUGCAGUGGAGUUUGUAAAUCAGUGGAAAGAAUCAAGGAUGUGCAUGCAAGGUGUGGUGAAGAUGCUGGUGCUCUUUGGAGUGCCCUCCUUUGACAAUAAAAUGUAUCAGAAGGCGGCAUUUUUUUUUUUUUAUGGAUCAAAUUUACCCCAAAACAAAAAAAAAAAGGACUUUUUGCUUAUCUCUAUUUGUUAUUCCUUAUUGGUUGCCGAAGAGAUGAUAUUAGGAUCAUUCACAAGAAGCUCAAUGGUCAUGAAGAUGUCCAUAGGGGUAUACUGCAUUCAGAAGUUUCAAGUCCAAUACUUUACAAGCCUCCCCGAAAUCAUUUUCUGCUGGUGGUUGAUUGUUACUUAGAAUUACCAGUUAUUUGGAUGUCGCAUUUUCACUCUGUAUAUACAGUUUGAACAAAACAUAAAGUUGUGCAUAAAUUCUU